CAAUGCAGUAACGGAGUUAUACGCAGGUCGUGUAAUUUGAAAGUUAAUUAAUUCUCGCUAAUUCAAAGGGGAGAAAAAAAAAAAACCAAGAGAUGAGAAGUAAGUUUUCUUAUACGUUGUUGCAGCGGUAUGGAAAACUCAUCUUAGAAUCAUAUUCCGUUUUACUUCGCGCCUUGAAAUCAGAAAAUUCAAGUCCAUUUGGGAAUCUCCGCGUCGUGGAAAUCACAUUACCAGCGGCCAAGUCACUCGACAAACGACAUCUAAUUCUAGAUGCAAUAGCGAAAUAGGGCGUAGGCGUAUCUAGGAAUGAAGACAUUAGGUAGAUAAUGUAUACCCGAAAUCGAGUUAACGCGACUUGAUUUACAUUUGAAUCGCAUUUCUCCGUGUAAUUACAUCAAUCGUCGGUUACACGUAUGCUGAUUACUUUCGGAAUUGGAUUCAAUCAUCGAGUUAAUUUUACAAAAUCUGAACGAACGAUGCCUGGGUGUUAAACUUGGCGUGUAAGUGUAUUACUUCGGGGUAGGUCCCGAAAUGGCUAAAUUUUGCGGGAUUCAAUCGAGAGUUUCCGUUUGUUCAGCGCAGUAGAUCGAGCUAUGCAUACCGUUGGAAUUUUCCAUGAGUGACAUAUUUUCUGCAUCUACAUGCAAACUUAAUGUGUCUACAAGCUAGAUAAAUGUUUCGUUCGUACGUUUCGCGUGGACUUUUUUCAAACUGUAUACGGAUAUUAUGAUUUAGAAUAAUUUUCAUAGCGUGGAUAAAUUGUUUACCUCUUCGUUCACGUUGUAUAUGAUGGUGUAAAUUGACACAAGAAUAGCACGGAAUGAAUAUCGUAUGCAGAAGCUAUAAUCCACACAUGCCAUGCUCAUUGUACCUUCAAUUAUCAGCGACAGGUUAUAAUCUUCGUACAGGUACUUACAUGAACAUUGGUAUGUACGUACAUACACACAUACUCACCCGGAAGGUAUACACCGUUUGAAAGACUAGUUUGCCGAAUGGUGACUAUAGAUCCGAAUAGUGCAAAUAUGCCAUGUCUUGGGUAUACCGCAUGCUUAUUCGCACUGCAGACCGAGAAAAUACUAUUUGCACCAAGGGAAAAAUUCGUUUAUUCCCGAAUUUGGAUAGUCAAACUGGCUAUAACUAGAUAUUUUUAAUAGAUUUUCGUUUUUCAGACCAAGAACAAGAAUCUUUCAUAUGAUUUUAUUCCGAUGCAUUUCUGGUACGAUUUCUGAAUCUGCUAGUCAAAUCGAUCUUUUUAAUGUAAUGAGCAAGAUUAUCGUUCAUUCGAAAAAAUUGAAUAUUCCCGUUGCUUUUUCGCUGACGUACGAAUAAAAAAGUGUCGUCACAAAGUUUGAAUGAACAUGACUUUUUCGAGAAGGGCUUUAUUGCGAUAAUUUUUAUUCUCAAUUCAUACGCGUAGCCAUUUUCCGUGUGGUUAACAGAGGAGCAGACCAUAAAUUGUUUUUGAGUUCUCAGGUGCAGUUGGAUUGGUAGAAAGUAAAUUGCUAUUUUCCUUGUCACGAUGAUAUUAGCUGUUAGCUGUACAUGCCGUUUCUAGUAUAAUUAAUUGGUUUGUUUUGAAGAAAACUGAUGCAGGCUAGGUGUUCGUUUUGUAUAAAUAAUAAAUUGAUUUCCGCCAGUGCAGAUAGCCUCGCGCUGGAAAAUACUCGACAUUUUCAAAGUAUGCUUGCUCAGUUGACGGCCCGCACAGCUAAAGGCUUCGCGUUGUAUACCUUCCAGUCAUUCUCUAUCAAUAUCAAAAUUCUACAUUUGUGUCAUAUUGCAUUCAUUAAAAGCCUGUGGAAGGACGUCUCCUAUUUUUGGACAUCCCCCUUGUAAUAUUAUAUUCGCCUUGGAGAUCAUGCACGUUUCGCGGGGUGUUUUUGACGUAAAAUCAACGGUCAGAAAAUUGUCUUCCCGUCUUCGGCCACCUCCGAAAAUUUAUCGUCCGGAAUGGCCGGUGAUGACCGCAGCGCGUCCACUUUUUUACGUACUGCGAUUCUUCGGUUUGGCGCCCUUCACAAUUUCCGACGACCGGAGUUUCGUAUAUAGCAAAUACGGGCGAUUCUAUUCCUUACUGUGCGCCCUGGUACAUACUUAUGUAAUAUAUACUAUAGUCUACAAAUUCACCGUUAUCGAAAGAAAAACGGCCGUACUUGACGUCGUGGAAACUGCAAAGGUGAUCAUCAAUUAUUGCAUAGUGAUUUUCAACUUGGUGGUGGCCGUUUGGAAACAAAGGGAAUUCAUCGGAGUCCUAAACACGUUGAAGAACUUUGAUUCGAGAUUACGUGACCUCGGCCAUCCGCUGAAGAAAAGACCAGUGAGAAUUUGGGUUUGGAGUAUGGGUUUUUUAAACGCUCUGCUUUGGAUCGCCGUAAAUUAUACCGGAAUGGUGGCAUUCGGCGAAACCUGGAUAACAAAUGUAGCGUACAUUUUGAAUUAUCUCGCCACUGUUUUAUCCAUAGUGAAGUUUUCCGGUGUUGUGCUUUUGCUGGGACAACGUUUUCAACACUUGAACGAAGUGGCCCUUCGUAGUAAACAGUCUACCCUAAUGGCUAAGCAGAAUUACGUCGCGGUCGACUUCAAAGUGAUACAGCAAUUACAUAACAUUCUGAUGACCACUGGCGAGAGUUUGGAUCAUCAGUACUCCUCCUCACUUAUGGUGUGGUUGAUAAAUUUGUGCCUCCACAGCGUCAGUUUUCUCUACUUUUUAUUCGACUGGUUGAUAUUGACGCGAUUUUGGACGUCGGCUCGAUGGCCCCUCGUGCAUUGCAUCUUAUGGUGGCUACUCACAUACGUCAUGCAGCUUUUGUUGCUCCAUAUUUCCUGCCACUAUACUUCAAACGAGGCUAACAACCUCGGCUCGAUUAUCAUCAACUGGAAGUCGUUGUCCAGCGUUAGAAACUACAGAAUGGAAUCCUCGUUGCAUCUCAUUAAUCGUAGAUUAAACUUUACUGCGGCGGGUUGUUUUUCCAUUAACUUGCCUCUCUUGAGUUCCAUCGCCUCAAUCCUCACAACGUACCUGGUCCUCAUGUUACAAUUCCAAUCGUAGAAAUUAUUAACCUCUUUUCUAGUAUUUUUUCACUCAUUUUUUGCUCUUCCUUUUCUCUCUACUUUAUCUUCGUCUAUUAGACAGGCCAUCACUUUCAGCAGAUAUUAUUCACCGAGGGUCCUUUUUUUUUUUACGUAGUACACGAGAACCACCCGGCAACUAUAAGUCUGUUUUUGGAGUAAAAAAAGUCGUCGUCUAAGCUACGCGAAGCCGAGGAAUGUGAAAAAAGCGAGGAACAAAACGAAUUCAGGAUCUUCGUUCUAUACCUCGACUGAGGAACUGCGUGGGUACAUAAUUCUACUUUCCCACGGGCUUACUCUAGAGCCCCUUUGCAUGCUUAUCUUGUAUUUCAGAGUGUUUGUAACAAGGUUUAUCGCUCGAAAUUCGAUUACCCUGAGGUGGUUGAAGGUCCCAAAUUUCCCGACUACUGUACGGCAGAAAACCUGGGAAUAGAUGUUUCCGUUUUUUCGUCCUGAUUGUUAACUCUGUUACCCUCACCUGUAAAACAGGAUCAGCAACGAACGUCGGAGCUUUGAUUCGAUCUCGCUAAUUAGAUGAGACCUUCGUACCUGCAAUGUGGAAUACGGUGUAUAGAUAAUAAUAAUAAUGGUAAUCACAAUAAUAAUAAUAAUAAUAAUUAACAGUAACACAAUUUAUCCGAUAAGAAUUUUGGUUUCAAAGGUUCGGAGGAUAAUUAUGAGUAAUUUCACACUCUUCGAGAAUGCAUCGUGUUCUUUUUUGACCAGUAAUUUAAAUUCAAUCGAUCAAAAUUAUGGGGUUUUCAUCAAAUUUGGUGAAAAGUGUCGAAAGAAGUGGUUUGAAUAUAACGAGCGCCGCUGCAGCAUCGUCUCGGGGGAUCUUUCCGGAUUUUUUCUUUUCUUUUUUUUUUUUUUUUCUUCUUUUGAGAAGAUGAUUGAUAAUAUUUCAGUAGGCAUCCCGUUCCUCGUAUCGUUCACCCAAUAUUUCUUCCCAUAUCUUAUCCCAAGCUUUUCUACUCGUUCCACGAACGAAUAUCGGUUUUUGAAUUUUUAGUUAUUUAGGAUUUGCGCAGAAAAAAAAAAAAACAAAUUGAAAAUAAGUACGUAAAGCGGAUCGCCUAAAGUACAGUUUAAUUCAGGGGUUUCUAAUUCGCAAUAAAUUCAGUGCGUCGCUUUUUACACGGUUUCGAUGCGAUACGAAGCUCGGAUUACGCGCAAACGAAAUUCCUCGACUCUAAGAGGCAGAAAAAAAAAGAGAGAACAAAUAAAUAGAAUAGAAAAUACGUGUAUCAGGUUAUGAGAUUUCCUAUGUGAACGAGGGAACGUUGUAAUUUGAUUGAAUUUGGACCUGAAAGCGCAAAAUUUUCGAAAAAGCAGUCAUCACUUUCUCAAAGACGAUCUACACAUCGUGCGGGAGACCGAUGACGAAAUAAAUUAUCAACGAAGCUCGUAACGUGUUAUACGAUCAACUUAAAGCGAGUAAAUUUAUUCGGUAUAUUAUACCAUAUCCUCUUUCGAACAUCUUUUCGAUUUCGUGCGGGUAAAUAGCAACCCCUAAACUAAUUUUGAUACGUUCGAGAGUUAGAUCGCCCGGAUUUUUUGCCAUCUCCGUUUAUAUCUGUCAAAUUUAUUUGUAUACCAAUGUAUUGGUAGGUACGUGGUAAUGUUAUCCCAUGGCAUAAUACGAAUUGAUUCGAUGUCACGACGAAGACUCAAAAUCUGAGCUCAAGUUCAUUAAUCACGGCUCAAUUGUAUAGUC